CGGCAAUGACGCGCCGAUGUGGAAUUUCGGGAAACUUUCAGAAAGUCGCAGCGCCACAGCGAAGUUCAAUGACUGAUCACCUACCUUUACAUUGUAUUACUCUCAGAAAACUAUUAAACGCUUCCUCAUUCAAUCUCUCUUUCAGCGGUCACCUUUCACUCUGCAUUUGCUUAUAACGUUCAGAGGGCUGUUUUUUUGAAGCCCUCCAUUUUCCUUGACUCUACCGUCUUAGAUUUAGUUCGCCUCGUUAUCUCGGCCCCUACUUCACAUCCUGCCUCCGCCACAUUGCGUUCGACUGCCCAAAGCCUGUAUCGAGGAGACAGUAAUACCAUGGAGGCUACUACAGUGUCUCAGACCCCUGGUCCGAGCAAUAGAGGACAAAGACAUAGAAGAAGAGGAAACCAUUCAAGAGCACAGCCACCGAACAGUCAACUCUCGACGCCACCAGUCCGAAAUGCUGGGUCUAGGCCGUUUGGCGGACAACUCACACAACUCCAAGCUGAGGCUCCAGUGUUUGUGCCUGCGUCUGUAUCACCUGCGUCUUCUAUUACCUCUCAAGCGAGACCCCCGAAACCGCCACGACAAGGUCGAAAACCGCCUCCCCACCAUCCACCGCAAUCUCAACCCAGGAGAGGCUCUCUGUCCAGGUCUACAGCGCCCGACAUCGCCACUCGCAUUCAUGAGGACGUAUCCAAUGGCGUUUACGAGUGUGCUAUCUGCACGAGCGAGAUCACUCGACAAUCCCAGGUCUGGUCAUGUCGAACCUGCUGGACAUUGUUUCAUAUUGGGUGCAUAAAGAGGUGGUCCAAAAACGAAGGUUCAGCGGUACAUCGUCCCGCAGGUCAGGAGGAGGACGGUCCAGCAGUAGGAAAGCAGUGGAGGUGUCCGGGCUGCAACUUGCCCAAAGACACGACCCCAUCUGCAUAUACCUGCUGGUGCGAGAAAGAGUUGGAUCCCAAGUCAAUUACCGGUCUACCGCCACAUUCAUGCGGGCAAACCUGCGGUCGCGAACGAACCGUCCCCAAACCAUGUCCACAUCCCUGCGAUUUGCUAUGUCAUGCUGGACCGUGUCCGCCCUGCUCAGCAAUGGGACCAUCCCAGAGCUGCUUUUGUGGCAAACAAGAAACGAGACGACGUUGCAUUGAGACGAACUAUGAGAUAGGCUGGAGCUGUGGCUCUAUCUGUGGGGAUAUGAUGCCUUGCGGGGAGCAUACAUGUCAAAGACCUUGUCAUGAAGGUCUUUGUGGUGCUUGUACCGUGGAGAUAGAUGCCCGUUGCUAUUGCGGCAAGGUGGAGAAGAUGAUUCAAUGCAACGACAGGGACGAAGAGAAAGAGAGCUCGGAUUGGACUGGAUGCUUCGACUGUGGUCAGAUGUGCGAGAGAUCAAUGGACUGCGGCAUCCACCGCUGUGAGAAACCUUGCCAUCCUCAAGAUGCUACAAUACCGCAUUGCCCACAAUCCGUGGACGUGGUCAAGUGUUGUCCUUGUGGAAAGACCGCUCUUGCCGAUUUAGAUAUUGAGCCCCGGAAGGCGUGUACCGACCCUAUCCCAACCUGCCAGAAGCAAUGUGGACGAGUGUUGCCAUGCGGACACGAAUGCAGGCAAACCUGUCAUCUCGGAGAAUGCGAGCCUUGCAUGCUGGAGAUUUCCACCACAUGUCGAUGCGGUCGCAACUCAUUCGAUGUCAUCUGUAACGAAGCAUCACAGGAUCCUCCGCAGUGUGCCCGCAUCUGCAAAGCAAAUCUGAGCUGUGGCCGCCACGAGUGUGGCCAAAAAUGCUGUACCGGAGAAAAGAAGGCAGCCGAGCGUCAAGCUACCAAACGGAAGCUGAAACCAGUCGGAACAGCUCUCAGGAUAUUUGAUGAGAAUAUUGAGGCAGAGCAUAUUUGCACGCGUCCCUGUGGACGCACCCUCAAAUGUGGCAACCACCGUUGCCCGGAUCUAUGUCAUCGAGGACCAUGUGGCAGCUGCAAAGAGGCCAUAUUUGACGACAUCUCUUGUGCAUGUGGUAGGACUGUACUGCAGGCGCCUCUGCCGUGCGGGACACGGCCACCACCAUGCAACUUUCCAUGCAAUCGAAGCAAGGAUUGCGGUCAUCCUCAGGUGGCACAUAGUUGUCAUCUGGAUGACGAAGAAUGCCCGAAGUGUCCAUUCUUGACUGAGAAAGAGUGUCUUUGCGGCAAAAAGACCUUGAAGAAUCAACCCUGCUGGCGGGCUGAUGUGCUUUGCGGAUUGGUAUGUGGGAAGACUCUAAAAUGUGGCUCACACACCUGCCGCAAGACUUGUCACAGACUGGGAGAAUGUGAGGAUGCUCAUCUACACUGUCAACAAGAGUGUGGCAAGGCAAAGAAGAGUUGUGGGCAUCCUUGUGAACAGCCAUGCCAUGCUCCAUCUGCUUGCAAGGAAGAGAAACCAUGUCCAUUCAAGGUCAUGAUCACGUGUGACUGUCAACGAAAGAAGGAAGAGGUGAGAUGCAAUGCUCGAGCUAGUGUGCCAGAACAUGCGGGUCGACAGAACUCGCUCAAGUGCGAUGAUGAAUGUGCGAGGUUGGAAAGGAACAGGAAUCUCGCACUUGCUCUGCAUAUCUCGGACGACCACACCGACGAUCACGUCCCGUACUCGACAACUACUCUCAAGAUGUAUCUCGAAGACGUGGCCUGGGCCCAUAAGCAGGAGGAAGAGCUUAGGCUGUUUGCGGCGGAUGACACUCAAAAGAGGUAUCGAUUCAAGCCCAUGAAAAGUCGUCAACGAGCAUUCAUACAUAGCCUGACAGAAGACUUUGGGUUCGAUGGAGAAAGCCUGGAUCCGGAACCGCAUCGACAUGUGCUUGUUUUCAAAACACCAAAGUUUGUUGCUGCACCUAUGAAGACGUUAGCACAAGCCUUCAGAAUCAAGCGGGCUCAACUAAAUGUCGCUGCUCCCGUCCAGGCGACACCAGAACGCAAAGCAGACGAAGUCAAACAUGAAUACAACGGACUCCUGCUCACUAAGCCGAAGUUUGCACUGACCGAAGAUGAGCUGCGACCUUUGGUGAAGAAGGCAGCACCGACUACCGAGUUUGACAUUUCCUUCCUGCCCAAUGACGAAGGGGUUGCGUUGCUGCCGGCGAUGCCUUGGGAAACACCGGAACAGUUAGUCACCUUACUCACGAGUUUGCAACCCAGUGUUGCCGGCGAAAUCUCCAAGCACAAUCUAGCAGCAUCGACCGUGCUCUGUCAAUUUGAUACCAUUGGUCUUGAGCCUAGCAUUGUUGCGCAACAGGGGAAGCCUACAAAUGCACUUACGAAUGGAUGGUCGCAAGUCGCGGCAAAGAAGUCGGCGCCUAUGCAAGUACCCCACGUCAAGCCCGUUGGACAACGACCGGUAUAUACCGUACUAGGUAGUCGACUGGCGGAAGCCAAGAGAAAGAAGCAGGAAAACGAGCAGCAGCUGCGAAAGAAAGCGCAGGAACCGGUGGUGGAUGAUUGGGAGAAGGAGAUUGAUCAGGAGGAAAGCGACGAGGCUGAGAGGAGAGGUAGUGAGGAGAGUGUCAGUAAGGAUAGCGAGGGCGAGUAAGACUGACCAACUAUCGGCACGAUGGGAUGCAGAAAACUAGGGCUUUCGCUUCAGCUGCCAGGAAAGCACCGCAAGAUCUCCUGAGGCAAUGGAAGUCACAAUAUCUACUGACAGAAAGACACCCUCGACACCUUCCAGCUGAACAAGACCUCUGACUACUUCAUUGUUGAUAUUUAAUGCCCCCCUCGUGCUUGCGU